AUGGCCGAGCCCUUGGUACCAGGCGAACGGCCUGUAGAGCCCCCGGCCUCCUCUCAAUCGCUCUCAAAAGUACUCGAUCACCUACGUCCUUUCAACCUGGGGCCCGCAAACCCCACUCCGGCCCAACGCGGGGCCGACGAGGCCACCACCGUAUAUACCACACACGCGACAGACGCUGAUCCGCAGAACGGAUCAGCUCAGGAAAGCGCCCACAAUGGCACACAAUCUUCAAAUGCCAAUGCCGACGAAGUCAUCCCCCCACUCCCCGUCGUGAUCGAGCGCAUCCAUGCACGCGUGCAGGAAUUCCUAGCCGAGUCGCAUCCCCCGGACUCGCUCCUCGCCUCGGUCCAACGCUCAACCCGCACAUCAUUGGAAGUUGUCGCAAGUGCAGUGGCCCAGUAUAAACUUUCGGGGCUGUCGCUCUCCUACAACGGUGGCAAGGAUUGUCUCGUUCUCCUUAUUUUGUUCCUGGCUGGUCUUCACCCCUACGCUAGUCAUGCUGAAUCGACAUCUAAGAUACCUGCCAUCUAUGCCCUUCCUCCUGAUCCUUUUCCCGAGGUGGAAGACUUUGUUGUCAGCUCCGCUCAAGCUUAUCAUCUCUCAAUAACGAAAUACACUACCGAACCACCCCAUACAACUUUGCGCUCCAGUUUCGAAGACUAUCUUGCUCUUCAUCCGGGUGUUCGGGCCAUAUUUGUGGGCACGCGACGGACAGACCCGCAUGGUGCGAAGUUAACUCAUUUUGACCGGACUGAUGGUGGGUGGCCUGAUUUUAUGCGCAUCCACCCCGUCAUUGAUUGGAAUUAUGCCGAAAUUUGGGCAUUUAUUCGACACCUUGGGUUGGAAUAUUGUCGGCUCUAUGAUAUGGGAUAUACCAGUCUUGGAGGAACUUCCGAUACGUUACCAAAUCCGCGCUUGAAGAUGCAGGAUGAGCAAAAAGAUGGCGAGGGAGGUUAUUUACCGGCGUACAAGCUGAUGCAGGAUUUAGAAGAGAGGCUUGGUCGCAAUUGA